AUUCAUGCAUCCUAUCAACCACUCUCUCACUCUCUUUGCCUGCAUGUAUGUAUAUAUGUGGCAUUUUCCAUCAUUAUACAUGCCUGUCAUUACUACCACCGUCAUUUUCUUGAGGUAAAUCUUCAAUCCAAAGACACAACAACCCGUGAGCUUCCUCUCUACUCAUCAUCAUUUUCCAAUUUUGAUUCUAAACCUGUAAAGAGGAAUAAGAAACAACUAAUGAUGGAUGUAGGGAGGAGGAGAGGCGGCAAUGGUGGUGGUGGGGUGGCGGCAGGCUCUGUUUGGGAUCACAGGACAAAACUUCAUCAUGAUGCCCCCAAAGAUGAUAAUUCUCAAGAAGUGAGCACCAAGAGGAAAAUCUGGAAAUCUGAGAGCAGCCCACUUCAGAUUUCUAGAAAAAGAUCCCAACUUUACAAAGAUUUGAGUGCCAAAAGCCCAAUCCAGAUCAACAAGACAAGAUCCAUGGUGGUGCAGAAAAGCCAAAACAAAGGGUCUAAUGUGGAUCACAUUAUCAGCCCUGUUCAUCUGAGGAAAAUGAGAUCAGAAUCUGCUGCAGUAUCAAGCAAACAGGUAGUUCCUGAGCUGGAAUGUGAGGAUGAAGGAAAUGAAAAAAAGGAUUCAUCAAAUCUACUUCAGUUGGUCUUAGCUCAGGUCAAAGAUGCAAAUUUUGAGGAAGGGAAUGCUUUGGAAGGAGAUGAAAAUGAGAUUAUAAAGCCAAAUGGGAUUCGAGAAACAAGAUCUGAGGAAAUUGAUGCUUGUGAAGAAAAAGUCAUCACAACCAAUGAGGACUUGGCUCUAGUCAAAUUACCGCUUAAAGUGGAAACUGAUAAUGUGGAAGAGGAAACUGAGGACAAGAUUGAGAUUAACAGUAUUCUUGUUAUGAAAGAAAUGAAUGUUUCAGAAGAACAAAGGCCUAAACAGAAUGUGACAGAAAAGGAGUAUAAUCCACCCCUUUAUGAAAAUGGAUGUGCCAGAUUUGCCUCAAUUCCAUCAACAGCCAAACGAGAGAAUUCACAUUCAACUUCUAGUCCCCAAUGCAGAUUACAGAGUCUGGUUGAUUUGGUGAUGUGGAGGGAUGCAUCAAGAACAGCAUUAAUGUUUGGAGUUGGGACAUUUAUUAUCAUCUCUUCAUCAUACUCUCAUGAACUUAAAGUCAGCUUCAUCUCUGUGGUUUCCUAUAUCAGCCUCCUCUAUCUUGCUGUUGUUUUCCUCUUCAGAUCCCUUGCUCAGAGCCAAGGGAUUGCGGCGGGGGAGAAAAGAGAUUACGUAGUUGGAGAGGAGGAAGCAAUAUGGGCCCUGAAACGGAUACUUCCUUACGUAAAUGAGUUUCUUUUGAAAAUCAGAGCACUCUUUUCAGGAGACCCUGCAACAACAUUCAAGGUGAAAUAAUCCCUGUAUUUACUACGCAGUAAUUUAUUUGCCACUCCCUGCCAAUGUUCUAAAAGGCGUAAGGCGGGCCGAGGCGGCAUGCUCAAGCCUUAAGCCUUUGAAGCCUAGGCGAGUUUAGGCGAAGUCUAGGCGUGAAAAGGCGUUUUGAUUUUUUAUUAUUUAAUUUUACAUUUUUAGAGUUACUUUAAAUAUUUAAAUGCAAUACUUAACAAUGUUUCUUCAUCCCUUUAUAUUGUUUCAUCUUACUUUUCUUAUUUGUCCUACUAAGUUAGUCUGAUACAACAUUUGAUACUAUUCGUCACCUGUAAUUUAUUGUUAUUUU